AUGGCUGAAAUUGAAGAUACUCAUUUUGAAACUGGUGACUCUGGUGCAUCUAAUACCUAUCCACAACAAUGCUCUGCUUUGAGAAAAAAUGGAUUUGUUAUGCUCAAGUCUCGUCCAUGCAAAAUUGUGGAAAUGUCUACUUCUAAGACUGGAAAACAUGGACAUGCAAAAGUCCAUCUUGUUGGAUUAGAUAUUUUCAGUGGAAAAAAAUAUGAAGAUAUAUGUCCUUCCACGCACAACAUGGAUGUGCCUUUUGUCAAGCGUGAAGAUUAUCAAUUGACGGACAUAUCUGAUGACGGAUAUCUCUGCUUAAUGGCCGACAAUGGAGAUUUACGUGAAGAUUUGAAAGUACCAGAUGGUGAAUUGGGUGCUCAACUCAAGGCAGAUUUUGAAGCCGGAAAAGAGUUAUUGUGUACUGUUUUGAAAUCAUGCGGUGAAGAAUGUGUUAUUGCUACCAAAACUAAUACUGCUCUUGACAAAUAA